AUGCCCAAAUUCAUCGGCUCCAUGAAGAAGUUGAGGUACCUUGACUUGUCACACUCUUUUGAUUUUGCAAUUGUUCCUCAUGAAUGGGGAAAUCUCACCGAGUUGGAAGUCCUCGAUCUCCAUGGCUAUUAUCGUGUGGGUGCUAUUGAUGACUUUCAGUGGCUUUCACAUCUUCAAGCAUUAAAGUACCUCGACAUGAGUGGAAUACAUGUUAACAAAUCUAGAGACUUCAUGCAAGUGAUCAGUGCACUCCCAUCUUUAUCCCAUUUGAGCCUAUCACAUUGUGGGCUUUGUAACUUUCACCUGUCUUUUGAUUGCUUGGCCAAUUCUACUGCUCUUCAUCUUGAGUACCUCGAUCUUUCAAUGAAUUCGUUGGGGGGCCCCAUCCCAAGCAUUCCAUUUCAAAACAUGACUUCUCUUGAGUACCUCGAUCUUUCAAUGAAUUCGUUGGGGGGCCCCAUCCCAAGCAUUCCAUUUCAAAACAUGACUUCUCUUGAGUUCCUCGAUCUUUCAUGGAAUUCGUUGGGGGGCCCCAUCCCAAGCAUUCCAUUUCAAAACAUGACUUCUCUUGAGUUCCUCGAUCUUUCAGGGAAUUCGUUGGGGGGUCCCAUCCCAAGCAUUCCAUUUCAAAACAUGACUUCUCUCCGGCACCUUUAUCUUUUCUCAAACUCUUUCAUCUCUUCAGUACCAAGGUGGUUUAAUAACUUGAGAAGUCUUAUCGAUCUCAAUCUUGCAAACAAUUUCUUGCAAAGCAUUGAAGGAGGGUUGUUCUCCUUCUUAAGGGAACAACCUUUCCUCGAGUCACUAUGUUUGGAUGAUAACAAACUUCAUGAGGAGAUAUUUUCAGUGGAGGGAAGUUCUUCGGGGCCUAUUGGGGAAAACUUCAAGCAACUGAGGAUUAGUAAUAAUUUUCUUCAGGGGACUUUGCCAGAUUGGCUGUUUCACUUGAAAAACCUGACAGUACUUGACCUAUCAUAUAAUCAAUUACAUGGAACCAUACCAUCACCAUAUGAUUGGUUAUGCUUGAGAGUACUUCGUCUUUCUAGUAAUCAAUUUACAGGGAAUAUUCCCGAUGCAUUUGGAAGAUUGCAAGUCUUAUCAAUUUUAGAUCUCAGCAACAAUCUUCUAAAUGGCACUAUUCCACAUAGUCUUGGACAACUUCAAUAUCUUUUCUCUUUAGAUCUUUCAGCAAAUUCCUUGAGAGGAACAAUUUCCGAAAUCCACUUCUCUAACUUCUCGAAGCUACGGUUAUUGGAUACCAGCAACAACCAUUUAGCUAUCAAGGUGGAUUCUGACUGGAUACCACCUUUCAAUCUCCGGCUCCAAGGAGGAAUUCCUGUGACUAUAAAGUAUUGCAGGAACUUGAAGAUUUUGGAUCUUGGCGAGAACAAAAUCUCGGGUAGUGUUCCACAUUGGAUUGGACCAUGUUUUCCGUUACUACAGAUUCUUAGAUUGCGAGAAAACAUGUUCAAUGGAAGCAUUCCUUCACAACUAUGUUUACUCUCUGCUCUGCAAAUAUUGGACAUGGCAGUCAAUAAUCUGACAGGAACAAUUCCAAAUUGUCUUGGCCAUAUGAAAGGUAUGAAACUGAACAAAAGCAUAGAUGAAGGCAACUCACUCUCUCCUACUGAUGCGUCUACAACAGUGCCCAACCCUCCACCGGCCGACACCGAUUGGACUCAAGAGCAUGUGGAGCAGGUUGUGAAGGGGAUGGAUCUCGACUACACAACACUUGAUCUAAAGCUCAUGGAGAGCUUACCUUGCUCUCCGGAUUGCGAGGCUUGA